CCCCCACCCACCAAACCAUGGCCUCGGAGCCCUCGGGACCCCCUCUGUCGUCCCAACAUGACGAGGUGCUCCAGCAGCGAGUGGCCGCCCUGGAGCAGGAGAGGGCAGAGUUCAUCAAACUCAAGCAGCAGCUGGAGGCCGAGUUCAACCAGAAACGAGCCAAGUUCAAAGAGCUCUACCUGUCCAAGGAAGAGGAGCUCAAGAGGCAGACUGCGGCGCUGGAGGGCGCCCAGGCCGAGCUCAGCUCCAUCCAGGACCAGCUGGCUCAGGCCCGCUCCGAGAUCGAGACCAUCAAAGCGGUGGCCACCGUGUCGGAAAACACCAAGCAGGAGGCCAUCGACCAGGUCCGCAGCCAGUGGCAGGAGGAGGUGGCCUCGCUGCAAGCCAUCAUGAAAGAAACAGUGCGUGAGUAUGAGGUCCAGUUCCACCAGCGCCUGGACCAGGAGCGAGCCCAGUGGAACCAGUACCGGGAUGCAGUGGAGAGGGAACUGGGUGAGCUGAGACGCCGUCUCUCCGAGGGCCAGGAGGAGGAGAACCUGGAGGAUGAAAUGAAAAAAGCCCAGGAGGAUGCAGAGAAGCUGCGUUCGGUGGUGAUGCCGAUGGAGAAGGAGAUCGCGGCCCUCAAAGCCAAGCUGACUACAGCCGAGGACCGGGUGAAGGAACUGGAGGCCUCGAAGGUUAAGGAGCUCAAUCACGUUCUCGAGGCGGAGAAGUCGUGUCGUACGGACCUGGAGAUGUACGUGGCCGUGUUGAACACUCAGAAAUCUGUCCUGCAGGAAGACGCGGAGAAACUACGGAAAGAGCUCCACGAAGUCUGUCACAAGCUGGAGUUGGAGCGACAGCAGCACAACCAGCUGAAACACACGUGGCAGCGGGCCAACGACCAGUUCCUGGAGUCCCAGCGGCUCCUCAUGAGGGACAUGCAGAGGAUAGAGAGCGUGCUGUCGUCAGAACAGCUCCGCCAGGUGGAGGAGAUGAAGAAAAAAGAUCAGGAGGAGGAUGAAAUAGAGAGGCUGAGCCAAGUGAAGGAGCUGCACGAGGAGGAUGUGGGAGACAACACCGAGCCUUUGGAGGAUUUAUUCCUCGGGCUGAGCGUCGAGGAGCCUCACGCCAACCACAGCGCCCACGGCUCUAUGCACUCCUUAGACACUGAUGUGGUCGCGGGAGGCCCCAUGGACCCCUACAAGGAUAACCUGCGGAGAGUUCAGUCAACAGACAGCCUCGGCUCCUCGCUGUCCGUCCAGCAGGGACUCGGCGGCCACAACCACAAAGCCAAGUCAGCCAGCCACUUGGACGAGUCGGACUUUGGGCCCUUGGUGGGGGCUGACUGCGGAGUGACAGACAGUAGUUUUGGCGAAACUUCGUCCAUCAGCUCCAUCAAGCUGACGGCGAGUCAUUUCCUGCUGACUAAAGACCAGGAGAAGGCCAUCAAGGCCAUGACGCCCGAGCAGGAGGAGACGGCGUCGCUGCUUUCCAGCAUCUCCCACGCCCCCGAGAACGCCUACUUACCGCCAGCAGGCUACAGACUCGUCAGCGACAGCGAGUGGAACCUGCUCCAGCAAGAGGUGAAAAAUGCUGGCAGGAAGCUCGGCCGACGUUGCGAUAUGUGCUCCAACUACGAGAAGCAGCUGCAGGCCAUCCAAGGACAAGAGGCUGAGACAAGAGAUCAGGUGAAGAAACUGCAGGUGAUGCUGCGUCAGGCCAACGAUCAGCUGGAGAGGACGAUGACCGAGAAACAGAGUUUGGAAGAUUCGGUCAAAGUAGGCAACGAGGAAACCGCUGCUAAGGUGUCCGCCCUCCUGCAAAGAGUCCAGGAGUCAGAAACGCUGCUCAGCACACUACAACAGGCCUUCAGUGACGCUAAGAGGAACACGCAGGAACAGAUGGCGGUGCUGGUGAAGUCGAGGGAGCAGGUGGCAGAUGAGCUCAGCCGACUACAGAGAGAUAACGACAGCCUGCAGGGAAAACACAGGCUGCACAUAGAACUACAGCAACAAGAGGACUUCCAGAUGCCCAAUACUGUGCAAGAGCUACAAGGCCUGGUAUUGCGGUUGCGUGAGGACCUGGUGGCGUUACGGACGUCUGCCGACCACAUGGAGGAGAAGCUGAAAGCUGAGAUUCUGUUUCUGAAGGAGCAGAUCCAGGCAGAGCAGUGUCUGAAGGAGAACCUGGAGGACACUCUGCAGCUAGAGAUCGAAGGCUGUAAGGAGGAGAUAGCAUCUUUCUCCAGUCUGAAGACGGAGCUGGAGCGAAUAAAAGCAGAGAAGGAACAGUUGCAGAGCAGUCUGGCGGAGAAGACUGAAACACUGGAGAGCCUCCAGGGCCUGAGGAUCACACUGGAGCAUCAGCUCAAAGAGCUCACCACUGCAAAGAGUGCACUAGAGAGUCAGGUCUUUGAUGAGAGAGACAAAGCCCAGAGACUGCAAACGGAGCUGGAUGUCAGCGAGCAGGUUCAGAAGGACUUUGUCAAACUUUCUCAGACCCUUCAGGUACAGUUGGAGCGAAUACGACAGGCAGACUCUUUGGAUCGGAUCAAAGUCAUCCUCAAUGACACCAACUUGACUGACAUCAACCAGCUUCCAGAGACAUGAUACCACUGAAUGAAAACUUCAGUUUCAUUCCCCCUCUUUUCUCUUAUCACUGGCCCAAUAACAUUAUUGAUCUGACCCUUCCCUGAUCCCCCCCCUUCCCUGCCCCUACCCCCCACACCCCCCAUACCCCCCAUAACCACAGAGGAAGAGCUUGGAGGGACAAGGGGCAGACACGGCAUGAGGAGCCUUUUGUGUACAUUAAGAGUCUUGGAUGGAUAGAAUAAUGAAGAAGAACACUACUAAACAAAAAUGUAAAUAACUAAAUGUGCGACUGUGGACGGAGGGAGUGGAUGGAAGUCUCUGUGUCUUGUUUCUACUGUAGAUAUGACUGUCUGUAUUAGCUCAACCAAAAAAGGUUUGUCGUCUCCUAAAGCACUUUUCAUCUGCAACUUCUCUUUCCAGGUAAAUAGAAAACAAUUUGAUGCAUAACUUUUCUCCGUCUGUUUUUAAAGCGGUUGAUAAUCGCUUCCUCGUUCCAACCGCUUGUUCUUUCCAGGUGUUUUUGUUUUUCCCCCGCUUCCCCUUCCCUCUUUUUCUUGCUGUUUUAUCUCUGACAUUUUCCACCUUGUUCUGGUCAUUUCACCCUGUGAUAAAGACACGAUGAAGGAAGUUCAUGGAAAAUACUUGCACAUAACUGGGAUGAAAAAAAAAGGAACACAACACAAUUUUGAGCAAUACCCUCCAUUUCUUAAACAUCCUCUACUGUUCUCUCGCUUCGUUCUUGUUCUUAACGUCUGAUAGAAGCCUUUUUUUUUUUUUUUUGGUUUUGUUUGUUGAAGCUGCAGAAAGACAAAACAGUGAAGAAACAUUCAGUCAUGUUCAAUGUUUUUUUUUUUCUACUUUCACACUCGUUUCUAGAUUGUCAGGGAAGCCAUAGAAACACUAGUUAACCCAGUUCAUGACAGGUAUAGAAAUGGUUAGGUGAGGAGAAAAGUGAAGGUGUUAAUGGAAGAUAAUAGAUUUUAAUACACACUUUGCUCCCUUAAUUGAUUGCAUUUUUGAAUUGACUUUGGUUGGACUUUCUUUAUGUGAUUCUAAAGCUCUUAAAUUACAGUGGGAGACUUUUAAAUGAGUUAUAAUGGAAGAGCACACUGUCACUAUCACAGUAGCAGUAGCUGGAAGAGGGGGGUGUCUUAUGCAAGGACACUUCUGACUGGUGGGAGAAAUACUAGCCUCUAACUAACAAACCACACUGCUGGAGAUUUAGUGUGUUAAAUCCCAACUAAAGGACAGCUGACUUUUCAUAUUUAUAGUGUGUGUCUGCGAGUAAUGAAACAGUCCAUCCAUCACUACGACAAACUGAAUCUGUGAAGCUACUGACGGAUUUGAUUUAUGUAGCCUUAAAGCGUCGGUGAUCUUUUUUUAGACGUGUUGUGAAAACAUUAGUAAAAAACAGGAACGGCUAGACGGAACAUGCAACUGAGGCAGCGAGGUCGCUAAAAAAAGCGGUAGUAGAAUUAGGUGACAAGAAUAAAGCUGCAAGUAUGCUUAAAAAGAACAGCUUGUCAGAUGGUUCGGACAGCUUCAGGAACCUCCUCCCCCGAAACCUUUUUCCGAUUUUGGAUUAGGGUGAGCUGCGAAUCCCACAUUCACGCCCGCUUCAUGUUGUAAUUGUGGUCAGACGUGUGGAAGUGAGAAAGGAAGUCAGGAUUUGAACUUAUUUACUCCUAAAAAGUCACAAACCCUUAAUAUGUGCGCCGUUCUCCUCCUAUUUAAACUCUUACCUCUCUGCCCUUUCUACACGAGGGUUUCCAUCCACCAGUUCUUAUGCACAUUUAUAAUUUGUACGUAAAAACCUGAGUGGAAUAGUGAAUUGAAUAUAGCAUGCGACCUAAACGUCCACUGUAGAGAAGGAAAAUAGCGUCAGAUCUUUGCGGAGUGAUCAGAAAACCGUAACAUGAAACUAACAUAAAUGCAACAUAUUUCCAUUAUGUUGUCAACAUUUUUAUUUUUUUAUUUUUUACCACCAUUUGAGGUUUGACUGGUUGACCGCCCUUCUACCUGUCAUCUCGUUGCACGCUCUUCUGGAGCCUUAGCGCCACCUACUGCUCAUCUCCUAAUAAUCGCGUAACAGUAGUGAAUGGAAAAGUGUAUACAUUUGCAUUUUGCAGAUUCGAUUAAGAUUUGCGCUACAUUUGGAUGAAAAAAACAGACGGAUUUUCACUUCCUUUUUUAAUGUAGCUAUAAACACUUUUUGAUCUCUGACGUGGUCGGACAACACAACGUACAGAACCAGUUCUUUUCUUUGUCUCAAUCCUUAGAGGUUGAUUUAAACACCUCGGCAUGCUUCAUGUCAUCUGACCACAUCGAAAGGCGAAAGUGAAUGAAUUUGCAGAUUGGCUAAACUCAAAAUUGUCUUUUUUUUUUUAUUCUUGACACAAAAAUCUUACUAAAAUGGAUAUUUUUAGGUGGUGUUUCCUCGAAUUCGUGGUUUCACUUGGUCGUUUGCAUGAAAAGUGAAGUUGUGUGAGGAAUGGAAAAAAGAGAGUUUGAGUGAGAAAAGGUCAAACACGCAGAUUGAAAGGGGGUUCCAGACGCUGUUAGACGAUCCGACAAGCGCUUCUUUGGAAGCAUACCGAGGCCUUAAUUCACACUGAAAACGAAACAAUUGCACUGUUUAAUAAUCCGUAUUUAAUCCAGGCAGUUUGAUUUAGGAGUAGAGAAGAUGGGGGAGGCAGGAUUACACAGGUGGCGUUCAUUAAGCUGCUUCACAGGAACUCAUUAGUGGUUUGAGGUGUAAGACAGCGCAUGAUCCUUCAUCAGUCUAAGCACGUGGCUUUGUGUACUGUGUCAGGUUUUAUUGUAUUUUUGAGUAAUUUAGGCGACCACAAGUUAUUACACAACCGAAGAGGUAGCACUAUCAUCAGCUGCUACACGCCCCCACAUCUGUAACGUUCAGGCUGCCGCGGUAUCGCUCUGCGGUGAUGAUGAUGUCAAAGUGAGCCCAGAGGAAUGUGAUUUGAGUGAUGAGACUGUCACAACAGGACCAGAGAGAUUGCACCUAUCAUCUUUUCCGGUGUGCGGACAGAGAAAAUAUAUGAUUUUGAGUACCUCCAUACAUGUUUUUUAAAAACCAUUGCAGUCAUGUUCCACUUGGAAUAAAGAUCAUGACUCAAUGUUCUGCACUCACUUGAAAUGGUUGCACACAGAAAUAUGGAAAAUAUGAUGCUGAAUGAAUUUUCCUCCAUCGUUAAAAAAAAAAAAAAAACUUCCUCGAAUGGAGGAAGGGAUACAGUACACAACAUAUAAACAUGCAUACUGCAGCAUUUUCUGGUUUAAGGACAUUAUUCACUGUGUUUUUUUGUUGUUUUUUUUGACUUGCAUGUAUUGCAUUUCCUUGUGUUGCAUAUGUCUAUACUGUAGAUAUCUUGAGUUGAUAUUUAUGAUAGAGUCAUGCAAUGUGUUACGAGAUAAUGUGGAUGUGUGGGCGAGCCAGCCUGAGUUGCACUGACAGAAAAACUGUAUGUCUUUUGGCUUGUAUGAUUGUGGGCUGAUACUGAGAACUUUAAAGUAGACAUUUUAUAGUGUGAAUUCUGGACAUUAUCUUCUCUGAAAGGCCUUAUUGCAUUAUUGGCUUGGUGUGUUUGAAUUCUACUGUUGACAUUUAGUGUCCCUUCUAAUUUAAUAACGUCUAUUACCGUAACAAAUUUGGCCCAUAUGGCGUUAAUAUGAGGAUUCCUCAGCGGUCAUCACACAGUUCACUAAUUCGUUUCUUUUGGUUUAGCAGUUGAUUUUUAUUGAAUAAUUUCUGAUCUAACGUUUGCUGGAUUAUUUGAAAAAAAAUGUACAUUGGAUCCCAAAAAUGAUUGAUGUUAAAAAUGAAGUGGAUGUUUGAAUUUGUGGUCAGACAUACAGGAUGGUCUGAAAGCUCACACUGUGUACUACCUACUACUGUAAAACUUCAAUUAACAACCUUUUUAUUUGCUUCAGUCACUGAAUUCAAGUCUGCUUAUAUUCGGGUCAGCUUGAGUAAGAAAAGGUCAAACCCCGCCCGUUUGAACACAACCCAAAAAGUUGCAUAAAUUGUCGGUUUGCAGCCUCAUUUUGACAAAAGUUUAAACAUUAAUAUUCGUGUAGGCGAUCUAAGCAGCUUAGAAUUCGCUCAAGUGGACUUACAUCCGAAGAAUUUCUAUAAAAUCCAGACCGGGUGUCUUAUUAAGACCAGAACAUGUAGCCACACCAGGCUAGUAAAGGGGACCUGCGUCUAAUUGAGACCCUGCUUUUAAUUGAAGUUUUACAGCACUUAUACUUUUGUAUGAAUAGAAAGUAAUGUCAAAUAAAGCACUCAAAUUGAAGCAUUAGAUAUAAUUAUUUGUGCUUUUUGAGGAGUAUGACUUGUGGAAAAUGUGCUUUUUUUUGUAAUUAUUUUUAAUUUUAACUCUUUAUAGUGAUUGAAAACUGAAAUUCCACAAUCUCACAUUUACAAUAAUCUGGUUUCCAUUAAGUCACGAUGUUAAAAACAUUCAACUGACAGCAAAGAGCAACAUGUUUUCAUUCAACCUUUUUUUUUUUUUUUAAAGAUUCUUUUUGAUUUUGCACUUUAAUGGUAAUUAAUAUUUUUGUUACCACUGGAUACUGACUCGAGUGCACAGUUUGAGCUUUCAGAGGCAGUUUUUAAUCAUUCCUUUUAACUGUGAUGAAUCAAAGCGUUGUUAUCAUAUGUGUUUUACACAAGAUAUGUACAUGGGUUAGAGCGAUAUUCUCGUUUGCUGACUGAUAUUUAGCAAAAAUAAAAUGGCAUCCAGUUUGA